GUCACUGUGUGUGUGUCACUGUGUGUGUGUGUCACUGUGUGUGUGUCACUGUGUGUGUGUCACAGAUCGAGCACCUGCAGAAGAAGCUGCAGGCUACCAAACAGGAGGAGGAGGCCCUGCUCUCCGAGAUGGACGUCACUGGGCAGGCCUUCGAGGACAUGCAGGAGCAGAACAUCCGGCUGAUGCAGCAGCUUCGCGAGAAGGACGAUGCCAACUUCAAGCUGAUGUCGGAGCGCAUCAAGAGCAACCAGAUCCACAAGCUGCUGCGGGAGGAGAAGGAUGAGCUGGCCGACCAGGUGCUCACCCUCAAGACACAGGUGGAUGCACAGAUGCAGGUGGUGCGACGUCUAGAAGACAAGGAGCGAGUCCUCCAGGCGACGAUCGCCGCUGUUGAGAAGGAGCUUGCACUGCGCAGCCAGGCACUGGAGAUGCACAAACGCAAGGCGGUGGAGGCUGCUCAGCUGGCUGAGGAGCUGCGGAUGCAGCUGGAGCACGCGCAGCUCAAGCUGAAGGAGCUGCAGACGGCCAUCAUGGAGAACCGCACGGCCAAGGAGAAGGAGUCCUUCAACUACAAGCGGGCACAGGAGGACAUCUCGAAGCUGAGGCGCAAGGUGGAGAGGCAGAAAAAGGUGGAGGUGUUUGCCAACGCUGACGAAAUCCUCCUGGAGGAGAUUAAAGAGUAUAAG